CUCAUUUUCAUAUUCCAUUAUCUUCCAUUGGAAGCUCCAAUCGGGUUUUGGUCUUUUGGGUAUCAUAUUGACCAUCAAAGAUAAUGAUUCGUCAACUUUGAAACACGUUUCGGUUUUGCUUCACUUUUACACUCCAAUUUUUAUCUUUCAAUUUUGCUUUGCUUAAAGUUGAUGUAUGUUGACUUAUGUUUUCGUUAAUUAAUAAGAGGUAAUGUUUUGGUUGAUUCUUAAUUUUGAUAUUAUGAUUACUUAUGUUUCCCAUUUUUACACUCUCCAAUUUUAAUUUUUGAUUUUGUCAACGACUGAUUCUUAGUCAGUUUUGAUGCAUGUUUACACUCCAAUUUUUACCUAAAUUACUUAUGUUUUGAUCUAUUAUUUUUAAUGCUUUAUGUUUAACUUAAUCCAUCUUUGUAAACCCCGUGAUUAUUUUUAACUUAAAGGGGAGGAAUUAGGAGCUGUAGCUGGGAUCGACUGUUCACAUUUUGCACUAAGUAAACCCCAUGAUGAUGGCCCAGCCUAAAACCCCUUGAUAAUUUGAAAGCUAUGGAUGAAGAUAUUCGUAUUAGUACAUCUAAUGAUGAUGGUAGUGAGCACCGCCGAAGGCAACAAUAUCGAUUGAAUGCACGACAACGUUUAUCCAAUUUAACGGCUGAGGAGAGAUCUCACUGGCUUGCAAUGCGUAAUGAAUCUCAGAGACAAAGGCGUCGUGCAAUACAAUAUCAAUUUUGUGUUCGUCCAGAAAUUGGAAGACAAAUCCGACUACAAAGACAAACAUCUGAGCUAGAAAGACAACUUGUUCGGCAUCGAGACGCCGUUGUCAUAAGAGCACGAUCAACUAAUGCUGGCCCUUCACAUAGAGUAGUAGCCUGGGAACAACCGAUCAAUAACAUAGGUGCGGAUAUCCCAAGAGGUGCGCGCUUGAGUAGCAUCAAAAGAUUGGCACGAGAUCAAUGUUCUACUACUACGGAAACUUUCGGUAAAGAAUUGUAUCUCUGACAACAAGAGCAGCAAAAUACUAAUCUGAAUUUUAGCAAUUCAAGUUUACCUUCCAAAUAUUUUGUUUACGGGAUUGUAAGAAAUUCAUUGAUGUUACGGUAUAUAUUUUGCAUAUUUUGGUUUUCUAAACAGGACAAAAUCUGUGAAUGGGGUUGGUCAAUCUGUUAGAAAUGUUGUGAGGUUAAGUAGCAUAAGAAGACUAGCACGGAAUCACCGCUCACUGCUGGCACACCAAAUAAUGAGGAUGAACCUUCACAUGUAUACACAUCUGCCAAUAUCCCAAUC